CGUCAGGUUGCCUGGCAUAGCCUGCAAGAUGCAUAAAUCCCGAGAACAGUAUGUGAUGUAUAGAUGUCAAUAUCAGAAGCUUCAACUACAAAUACUGCAGGUCCCCUGGAAGAGACACGGGGUUUCACUCCACAUCAUCAUUCUCAUCUGGUCUACGCCGCCUACAGAAAACCAAUUCACGCCACAUAGAAUUACAGAUUUCAUUCAAGCCAAAAACAUCCACAAUGUCUCUGAUUUCCAAAGUCCCGUUCCAGCUAUCCGGUCGCUACGCAGAGCAUAACAAGUGGGAAAACCUCAACGGCCCCAGCGACUCUCGAGUUACGGGGAAACAGAUCAUUGAAGACGAGGGCCUCGUGGAUGCUUGGAGUGACAAAGUGGUGUUCAUCACGGGAGUAUCCUCUGGCAUGGGCCCAGAGACCGUUCGGGUGAUGGCACUGACAGGAGCCACUGUCUUCGGCACAGCACGAAACCUCGAAAAGGCAAAGAAAGCGUUGGGUGCGUCUUUACUGGACAGUGGCCGAGUGCAUUUGUUGUUUAUGGACCAAACCGACUUGUCCAGCGUUCGAGCAUGUGCUGCAGAAUUUCGGAAACAAAGUCCCAAGCUGAAUGUCUUGAUCAACAACGCUGGUCUGACAUCCGACCCAGGUAAUGUACACCCCGAACAACGCACCCAAGACGGAUUCGAGCUACAAUUCGGCACCAACCACCUCUCCCACUUCCUCCUUUUCCACCUCCUUUCAGAUGUCCUCCUCGCCAGCUCCACUCCAUCCUUCCACUCCCGCGUGAUCAACGUUUCAUCCUCGGGCCAUCGCUACGGGCCCCUCCGCCUCGACGACCUCAACUUCGACAGCGCCGGCACAUACGAAGGCUGGGCCGCCUACGGCUCCAGCAAAACGGCCAACAUCUACAUGGCCAACGCUAUCGAGCGGCGGUACGGCGCGCGGGGCUUGCACGGGCUCAGUCUGAACCCGGGGAGUUUCGUGAGUCCGAACUUGCAGCAGCACUGUCAGGAGUCUAUCGAUGCCGCGCAGGAGGUGGACAGGAUGCAGAAGUAUUUUGUGAGUCUUGAGCAGGCGUGCGCGACGAGUGUUUACGGGGCGGUUUCGAAAGACCUUGAGGGAAAGGGGGGUUUGUAUCUUGAGGGGGCUUCGGUGGCGGGACCGGUGCCGGAGGAUGGGGAUGCGGUCGAGUAUGGAUAUGCGAUGUGGGCUUUUGAUGAAGGGAAGGAGGAACAGUUGUGGAGGGUUAGUGAGAGGAUGAUUGGUGUUGAUCAGAGACAGCUCGAGGCACAGUGA